AUGUCCGCGACACUGACAGACCCGUAUCGAGGCUAUGUGGUGACUUAUUCGGACGCGAAUAAGCCUGACGGCCAUGACUUGAUUUAUGAUGCCCAGCCGCUACGCGAUCGAUUCCUGAACGGGCUUUCCUACCAGCCUGAAGCCCACCCAACCUCUUACGGUUCUCAACCCCAGGGCAUAUUGCCUCUACCCGAGCCGCACGCCAACAACGGUCAUAAUGAGCCACAGCCAGGCUAUAGUCCCUUGCCCCAGCUGCUCCAUCCCCCACACUACAGCUACGAUCUCGCGACCCUCCCAGCGAGUAGGAAACGGUCGCGCUCGGACAGUGAAGGAGAGGGCAGCCGCGAUAUGGAUCGCAGUAUCGGACUGCGCCCGCCGAUCCAACCCAUGCAUAUGGAUGGAUCGGCCUCUGCGCCAGAAUCCGACUUGCUAUUCCCUAUCCACAGCGAUCAUUCGGAAUCGCACGCUUCUUCAGCGCACGGGUUCGCUUCCCCGAUCUCUCUCCCUCUUCCUCUCCCUCUCCCCAUUCCGCAGCAUCAUCACCACCGUCUUCCUCCCCAGGCUCUUCUGCUCUCCGGGCCUCAUGGCCCGGGUUCUGGCUCCCCAUCCUUACAGAUAGGGCCUCCCAGUGUGGUGGGCCAGCCGGGGAUGCCAGAGCCAGCACCCCGGCCAAAGGGCCCAAAGCUUAAGUUUACGCCAGAAGAAGAUGCUUUGCUGGUGGAGCUUAAAGAAGACAAGAAUUUGACGUGGAAGCAAAUCGCGGACUUCUUCCCCGGGCGGACGAGUGGGACAUUACAAGUACGAUAUUGUACCAAGUUGAAGGCGAAGGAUGUAGUUUGGACAGAUGAUAUGGUUGGUCUCUCAAGUUCUUACUCUCUUGUUACUUCUGAUAACCCUAACCUCUUCACGGUUUCCAGUUGCUGA